AUUUCAUUACAAUAAACUCCAAAACCUUUUUUCCUUUUUGUACCGACAUUGUUCUCGUUCCCGAAGCUGAAGAAAGUCAUCAAUGGCCGAGAAGAGUAAGGUUUUGGUCAUCGGAGGAACCGGAUACAUCGGAAAGUUCAUCGUCGAAGCCAGUGCAAAAGAGGGUCACCCCACUUUUGCUUUAGUCAGAGAAACCACCCUCUCCGACCCUGUUAAAGAAAAUAUCAUCGACAACUUCAAGAACUUAGGGGUCCGGUUGUUGGUGGGAGACCUUUAUGAUCAUGAGAGUUUGGUCAAGGCAAUAAAGCAAGUCGAUGUGGUGAUUUCGGCCGUGGGUCAAAUGCAGAUUGCAGAUCAAGUUAAGAUCAUUGCUGCCAUUAAAGAAGCUGAGAAUGUCAAGAGAUUCUUGCCAUCUGAAUUUGGAACGGAUGCGGACCUGAAUACGGCGAUUGAGCCGGCGAAAUCAGCAUUCGGAAUCAAGGCGCAAAUCCGUCGUGCCAUUGAGGCUGAAGGGAUCCCAUACACUUAUGUGCCUGCUAACUGCUUUGCAGGCUAUUUUCUUCCUACUUUAUCCCAGCCAGGAGUCACAUCUCCUCCAAGAGACACGGUCGUUAUCCUAGGCGAUGGAAAUCCUAAAGCUGUUUUCAACCACGAAGCUGAUAUAGGAACCUACACCAUCAAAACCGUCGAUGACCCGAGAACGUUGAACAAGACCCUGUUCAUCAGGCCUCCCAAAAACACCUACUCAUUCAACGAGCUCGUCACCCUGUGGGAGAAACUGAUAGGCAAAAUCCUUGAGAAAACAUAUGUUCCAGAGAAACAACUUCUGAAACAGAUCCAAGAGUCUCCAAUUCCAAUCAAUAUUCUGUUGGCCGUCAGUCACUCCAUCUUUGUCAACAGUGAUGGUACUAACUUCGAAAUCAAACCAUCGAUCGGAUUCGAAGCUUCUGAGUUGUACCCUGGAGUGAAACACACCACGGUGGAAGAAACUCUCAGUCGUUUUGUUUGAUAAAAGGUAGAAAUCAAAUCGGACCUUGUCAAUGAACUAAUAAUUCAUAAACUGUCACGGAAGGAUUUGUCCGAAGGGCUUGCAGAUUCUCUGUUGGUGUGUGCGUGUGUUCAUAAGUUUAUCAUUACUAUCAUUAAACAAAAUGCGAACAAUGUUGUUCU